GAUAAUAAUCUUUCUGUUCGUGGCGUAACAAUCUAAUUGGGCAUACCUAUGUACUGUUCCUUGUGGCUUCCUUCCGUACUAUUGUUUACUUGUAAAAUUGUAAAAGUAUGUAAUUGUAAACCUAUAGGGAUUGUAAGCUGUAAAAAUAUCGUCGCAAAACUUUUUUCAUUACAUUGGAAAAACAUUUUACCAUAGAGGCGGAUAGUUAGUCUUUGGUCCGGAUGGGAUUUUGUAUCGACCCCAUCGUGUGAAUGAUUGUCACAUUCUCCAGCAGGUUGCGUUAUAACUAUAAAAAGUAAUAUAUUGAUAAAAAUAAAACUAUAAAACAUAUCAAUAAGAAAAACUAAAAAUAUAAUUCUCUAGAAAGGAAUUCUUUUCACUUCGUUCCACUGCAUUCAUUGAUUUGUUGUGGAUUUAUCUGUUACCGACAGGUUUGGCUCUAAUUGGCACUGGAAUAUGUUAGUUGCAUCAGGGGAAGUUCUGGAAUGUUGAGUACCGAGUGGUCGGUAUCUCAACAAAAGUGGGGAAAAAAAGACUGAUAAAUAUCAGUGAGAAAUACGAAUGGAGUUAAAAAUAUUAAAUAUAUUUUUGAACAUUGUAAAAAUAACCUUAAAAACUUUUACAUUAUAAUGAUUACAAAAGUUUUGUUGUAAUGCAGACCUAGUAAAAUACCACGCGGUAUUGUACUAAAUUAACGGUUUCCCUGAGUAUCCUUUUCGUGCACAUGCGCAAUACGCAACCAUUCCACUGUUGAAGCACUCAAUCAGAAUUUAAACCUUGAGCGCUCCAGAACACGCGACGCCACAUUUCAUCCGUUGGCUCGCAAUCGCAGCAAACCAGUCGAUCGGUAGUAGUUGAUGUGAUUGGUGGCAAUAGUUGGAACACGGUUGCGGCAAAGCAACGGAACAAGCAGCUAAACUAUUGGAAAACAAAAAUAUAAAAUCGUUCUACGUUUGUAGUGGCGUUUGCUUGCUCUGUUGAUCAAGUGCCAGGUUUGUUUUUGCGGUUCGGUUACCGUGUAUGUUAAUAUGGCGGCUGAUAGUGUACAGAUUGGGUCGAAUUCCGUUCCGUGACGUUGUGUGCUGUUUGGAAUUAAAACAAACCAUCAUACAAGUUUGUGUCGGUUUCCCAUUUGGCAGGGUGCUGUAAUUUAGUCACGAAUGGAAGAUAUUACUCGUCGCUUCUUACGCUGUGUAUGUGUGUAUGUUUUGUUCGGCCGCGUGGUUUUGCUACUAAUUCUAUUGUACUUUUACCUGGGAAAGCCGAAACUUGUUUUCUACGAUGUGUUUAGCCGUUUUUUUCCGCCACAUUUUUGGAAAAUUUUCUUUUCCGCAAGCUUUCCUAGUGAUCGGAUAUCGCGUGUGUGUAUAUGUGAGACUAUCGUGCUUUUAGUGAGUCAGUGUUUUAGGCAAAGUGAUGGUUUUCUUAAGAAAUAAAAAAAAGAGACGAAAAUUACUUUUUACGUCGGCAAUCUUUCCGUUCCAGUUUUAAAGCAAUGAUGCUCCCUUUGAAUGUACCUCGUGCGUGCAAUCUUCAUCCGUUAUCAGGUGUUGUCAACCCGUGCCCCAUCAGGUUAUAGAUAAUUUCAAUUCACUUAGCUGCCAUAAAGGAUGUAAAUAAUAGAUUGAACACGGGGCAAGACCGGUGCCAAGGUGUCUCAUUACCUUUUGGUACUAGCAUUGGUAAAAAGAACAGAUGUACAAUCAAUUGAUUUAUGUUGGAAUUAUGCCCAACAAUUUUGAAUGUGCUGCUUAUUUGUGGUGAAAAUAAAAAAAAUCAAUAACGCUUUCUGCUAGCGUCUCGCUUUUGGCGCCAGAAGAGUAAUCAUAUGGGGGAUGGAUUUCAAAAUGAAAGCAACAAAACAAAAACUAAAAACUUUCAUUUGUAUGCUUCCAUGCACUGCCCAGUUGUGGUCAAAGCGUUCGGGUUAAAUGAAAGGUUUGUAGCAGAAGAACUGUGUUGAAAAACAAAUCAACCCCCCCAUAUGUAGUUUAUUGCACUUGCUGCAAGAAUAAACCAGAACCCACUGAAUCGACUAUCACGUGAAGUUUCAAUCCGACCACAUUUCAAAUACACACCGUUCGACAAUGCACCCUAUGUAAUUUUCGAACGGACAAACAAAAUGCCGCCGUUUGCGUGGAGAAACUCGUUUCUUAGAAGUGAUCAACAUUUUACAACAACAUUCCAAGAAUGAACGAACCCCAUUCUGUCCAAAGUGUUAGUAGCAAUCGAAAGCCACAUUAUUAGAUUGCCAUUUAUUUUCUUGUUACUUAAUGGAUGCACUGGCGUAAAUGCGAGAAAGGUUUUACAAUUUCGAGAGCAAAAUUAUUUUUGACAUAAGGAAAUUUUUUUUAAAUUUUAAAUUGUUCGGAAUGUUUUAUAAGCUCCUACAGAAAUACCGGACAGCUCAAGACCUCUUAAGGUUGAAGCGUCACAAAAGAAGAAGAGAAAUUUGGAUGAAAUAAAAUUUUGUUUUCUUACAAAAAAAAUACAAAUAAAUGUUUAUAAAUGGCAAUGUUAUAUAAAGUGUGAAUAUAAAUUUCAAAUAGUUUCCCAACAAAGUAAUGAGGCUAUGUAAAAAGUAUUUUUUUCACGAAAUAAGGAACGAAAUGUGAACUCAAAAUGUUGAAAUUCGAUUAAAACCCCAAUCAUGGAAGCGAGUUUUAAUUCAAAAUUGCGAUCCGCAUUGUGAAAUGAAUGUUGUUACAAAAUAAACGCACCAAGUUCUCUGGCUUUUGCAUGGCACCAAAUGGUCCUUUGAUUGUUAUAAAAUUCAUCCGUCACGAUGCACGCAGAAAAGGUCUAAUUAUACGUUGAACAUAGAUACACUUGAUAUACAAGCAAUCUGUACGUUGCAAACUGCGUGCAAGUGCAGUUUUGUAACGUUUCGUACAUUAACGUUGUUAAUUAUAAUGUUAGAAGAUGAUAAGUGGAAUGUACCACAGAAAUAGCCGGUUAGCUACGUUUGUACCAUCUUUCACAGGUUUCACAUUUUGUGCCAUUUUGUGCAUGAUGGUGUGCAGUUUAGCUUCUGUGCCGGGACAGUGAUAAAAUCUGAUCCCUGAAUGAGCGUGAAGAAGUAUGAUGUUUUGAAUAUGUUGAAAUAUUCAAACCCCAAAACGAUUAUGCAUAAUUCACUCAGUUGUUGUCGCGUUUGUUAUGUCGUUUGCAUGUUGGAUUAUAAUUGAUGCUGUAGUUGGCACUACCGGUACAUUUGCCUUUUGCAUCUACUUCUGUCUGAUGGAACAUGAUGAAUAAUAAUUGCAAUAGUUGCAGGUUGCAGGUGCCUGUUGUUGUUUUUAUUGUUGAUUUAGGGAAGUUAGCUUACUGGCUUUUACGUUUAGAAAACAUGGCUUGUAUUUUAUAUUUAAUAUGACGCAAAUCACUGAGAGAUUUUUGUUAGGAAAAAUAAAAUGUGUUUUAAGUCUGUAAAUCAGCCAGAGUACUGGCAGCAUUUAUAUUUGCCAUACCUUUACAUGUUAUUUUCUGUUAUUUAAAAAAAUCUACAGCCAGAAGUAUUGCUCAAGUAAUAUUAACACUUUUGUUGAUGAGUUUUGACUUGAACAAUGAAUGUUAUACGAAUAUCUUCAUAAAAAGUAUGUAGUACGCUUUGAGAAUGUACCGUAUGCCAUUAACUAUAAUAAUCAUAAAUUAUGGUGUGUUGAAUUUACUGGACCUCACACACACAUACACACAGAAUUCGAAUUAUACAUCAGUAGUGCGACCGAAAAGCAUAAGGCCGUUAGUAAUAGGUUUAUGAUUGACAAGCUAGUUGAAACAAGCUAGCUGUUGGAAAUUAUACCGAUGAUGGCUUAGAAAACAUGGUUCGGGUUAACAAUCAUUGCACUGCGUAUGGCAGACGCAUGAAAACACCCGAGCGAACUUCUCUAACGAACGCAAACACCCUGUAGCUCAUGUCAAAAGCAAGGAAACAGUUUACUGUAGCCACUGCACUGGUACAUACAUUCAUUAGAAAAAAAGAAAAUCAAUUUGUGCAACGAGAAACCCAACCACCAGCUGACAAACGUAGUUCAGAAGUCUAGUUCUAUUGAUUUUGCCGGCACCAACGGGGGGUUACACUGCAAGCCCUGCGUCUAAUCAGUACGAUGGCGAAUUCUCGCCUUGGCAUUACUCCAAGUGCAUCGUGACUGUUUGUACAUUGCAGCAAGUUUAUUACAAGCUGGCUUCAGAUGGAAACCUGAGAAAUGCGGUAUUUCCGAGCUGAGAAAGUGGCCGGAAGAUGCUAGAAAACGGUUUAAAAAUUCCAUCAGUAAACUGGGAAACAAAACCGGUCAGUAAACAUUUCCGAUGUGGUGUAAUUUUACUGUCACGCUUUGCCAGGCGGUGUUUUCUGGCGGUGGGCGGGCCAGGAAGGUGAGAUGCAUGUCCAAAAAUGUUUGGCAACUGUGGAACAUUUCUCAUGCUCACACGUAUCGUGUCCGUAUCAUCAUAUAUCAAAAGCAGAGAUCACCGAAUGUUUGCAACUUUUUCGGGUGAUUGCGGUGACAAAGUUAUUCGAGAGAGCGUUUACCGUGUUUAUCAUCGUAUCAUAUCAACGAGUUGCUGUGGAGCAUGCUUCACUAUGGUCUGGUUAUUGGCGUUAAUCAAGUGCCAAAGUUCAUUUCAACACCGAUGCCCUUCCUUAUUACACCCUUUCGUGCUUAUGUUUUUUCCCGUUUCGUACGAGCUGCCACGAAGCAUCCGUGCAGCAUGUCAAUUGGUGUCGCUACGGAUCGAGAAGUUUUAUGUUUGUGUUUUCGUUUAAUAUGUGAGUUUCGACGCAUCAUCAUCAUCAUCAUCGUCGGUGGCGCACUAGCCACUGGUAUGGCGAUGUGAGCACCUAAAUUCGUACCGUGGUGUGAUGGGUUUGAUGCGAAAACAAGAAAUUUUGCUCAUGCAAAACUCGUCCAACCGUUCAGCCGGCAGUAGACAGAUGAUGCCCGUAAGCGACCGAUUAUCGCACAUGGAUCGAAUCGAACCCUUUUGGUGUUGGUGCUAAAGGCCAGCGCAUUGGCCUCGAGCCUGACCUUCUUAUUCCACCUGCAAUCACCUUUUCGGAUGUGUUGAUUGCCCUAGCCGUUAGCAGUUAGCUCAGUGUGUCAUUUGUGUUCCUGCUACGAGGAUGAUUUGCACUCGCAAAUGUUAAGCCAUUCGACAGAUGGUAGAUCGAUGGCAGUGCACGCUUUCUGUUCGGUGCCGUAUCGGUCGGUUUGCUAUACGCAUGUAUCUGGGAAUGCUACUUUCUCAAGCAUUCGUGCGAGGUUAGGCUGUGUUGAUAGUGCUCGAUACGAAGAAGAUUUACCCCCCAGGAAGAUUAGCAGUUGCUUUCAUCCGGCAGGGUUCGCAUUUUUUUUUAUUAGCUCGAGUUGCUGCUCGAUCGUGUCCGGGAGUUGGUGUCCUUUGGCUAAUUUAUGAACCGUGUGAAAGUGGUUAGAAUGCAGUAGAAGCACCACAGGGCGUCUAGAUAGAAAUCGUGUUAAAUAUGUGCAAAUUGAUGAUGAGCAAGGAACAUUUCUACACAGGCUACGACUUAUGUUAUUCAAUACUUAUUCAAAGCAUACUCAAUGUAUGUUGUAGUUUAUGCAAACUGUAUUUGUUUUUAAUGUAUUUUCUGUGGGUGAUAUAAAGAAAUUAUUUGUAUUUACGGAUGAUGUGAAUGAAGUUAUGGAUUUAAAAUUUGAAAUAUAAUUUAAAAAAAAUCAUGUAUUGUAUUUACAGCGACAUGCCGUUCGACAAUGCACACAUUUCGAAUGUUAUCGACUAAAAGUUCAUUGAUAGGCGAAGAACAUAGGCAAAACCAUAUAAAGAAAGCUACAUAUUUUAAAAUGGUUUUUGUGAAGUGUUUGGACUGAUGUGGAACUACUACGAAGAUAGCUUUGCAUUUGCUACCAACUUAAAGUGUGUUUAAGCAAUGAUUUGUUCUAGUGUACUCGAGACGUUGUGGCUGCUUCUAUUCAUUUCUGCAUCUAUCAUUUGUCCAGCAUCAUUAUCCGAAGUUACAGUGAUCACCGAUCCAAAGUUCAGCACACCUAUCACCAACGUGACGGCAGCCGUGGGACGUGAAGCAACCUUAACAUGUGUAGUGCAUGAUCUAGGUGCUUAUAAGGUCGCAUGGUUGCGGGUGGACACACAAACCAUUCUCACCAUCCAAAAUCAUGUCAUUACGAAGAACAAACGAAUUGGUAUUACAUAUACAGAGAAAAAAACUUGGCAACUUCGAAUCAAGGACAUCCGUGAAACAGACCGGGGAUGGUACAUGUGCCAAAUCAAUACGGAUCCAAUGAAAAGCCAGAUGGGAUAUCUGGAUGUUGUAGUACCACCGGACAUUCUGGACUACCCAACCAGCACUGAUAUGGUUGUACGCGAGGGCAGCAACGUGACGCUCCGAUGUGCCGCCGUAGGAUCGCCUGCCCCAGCAAUCGUGUGGCGCCGCGAGGCUGGCGAUAACAUCUCACUGCAAGACGGUGAGCAAGUCUCAUCGGUCGAAGGUCCAACGUUUACAAUACCGAAAGUCAACAGAUUGCAUAUGGGUGCAUAUCUAUGCAUUGCAUCCAAUGGAGUUCCACCGUCUGUGAGCAAACGGGUAAUGUUGAUAGUGCACUUUCCGCCGAUGAUAUGGGUGCCGAAUCAGCUGGUCGGAGCAGUUGAAGGUCAGCGGAUGACUCUUGAGUGCCACUCGGAAGCAUAUCCCAAGUCAAUUAACUAUUGGACUCGCGAAAAGGGUGAUAUUGUUCCCCAAGGUGGUAAGUACGAGCCGGUUCUGAUAGACAACGCGUACAAAGUGGUGAUGAAGCUGAGCAUCAAGGUUGUGAGCCAGGCCGAUUUUGGUGCCUACAAAUGUAUCGCUAAAAAUUCCUUAGGGGAAACCGACGGAACCAUCAAACUAUACAAACUACCCAAAAGUGCAAUCAACUCAGUGGAAACUAUUGAUGGCAAGCGAAGAAAUAAAUCACGGAAAGGUAGUAACUUUUACGAAUCAAAUGAUUUCAUGGAUGACGACUUGGACAGUACUAGCAAGAGGAAAGAUGUAAUAAUAAGUGGUAAUCGCAAUGACGACAGCUAUGAAAUUUCAACAACCGGAGUAAAUGGAGCCGUUUGCUUCGUAGAAUUGUUGUAUUGCAGGAUGUAUAUAGUAACAGUUUUGACGGUUGCCAUGCUUGCUCUGAAAAUUGGAACGAUAUGACGCUUGUAAUGAAAAGAUACAGUCAAUAGAAUAGCAUAGAAAGUCAAUAGAAUAGUGUAAUUGUUUAUUUCUGUCGUUCCGUUCGUGUUGAUUGGGUUUGGUUUAAAAAGCUAUUAUGAUUCCAUAAAACUAUUGUACUGUAAUAUGACAUUGAGUUAAUUUUGUGAGUUGUGUUAUAUUGAACACGAAUGUAAACGAUACAAUUUAUGCAGGCAACAAUUAAAACUGCAAACCAAGGUAUAGGGAAAUAUGCGCUAGAAACGAGGAGACAGAAAGCUAGUUAUGAAUUGUACAUAUGCUGCUACGAUUAGAAAGUUCUAUCUAAACCAACAAACCAAAAGCAACAUCGAUACAUAUCCUUAGGCAAAUGAAUAAGAUUAGAUAAGAAUCAACUCACCAAUAACAACAAACCAGCCAAUGCUUGUACAACAACAAUGCUUAAUCGGCAUCGGCUUCAGAAAAUAAACAAUGUAUUGAGAAAAUAUAGGCUUUAAGAACUGGAACAUAAAACAAGCGAAUCAUAACGCUUAUUGUCAGGUAAUAUGUUAUUAGGAUAAAAUAUUUUGAUGGAAAUAAAGAGACGUAGGAAACGAUCUAUGAAAC